CCUUGAGAAAGGAAAAGUGGUCAUCUGAAAGUGCAGAAGAGAGAUUCAAGAGCCAGCUGGCAAGGGCUACCUGAAUGCAGGAAUGCGAGGGCCACUGCUCCUUCUAGGGCUCUGCCUUCUGCUGCGUGUCUCAGGAGUUGGGGCUCAGAAGACCAAAUCUCCCUGUCUCCAGUGCCCCUUAAAUGCUUCCUGUGUCAAUGGCACUUACUGUACCUGCAAUCCUGGAUACACUUCUGAAUCAGGGCAGAAAUUCUUCACAUUCCCCUUCGAGAUAUGUAAAGAAAUCACUUCCUCAGAUACAAUUAAAGACAAGAAAGAGCUACAAGGGAUUGUUGAGGAAUUCGAGUCACUUCUCACCAAUAAGACUCUAUGGGAAAUGAGAGAGAAGAGAGAAAUUGCAUCCAGAGUGACAUCUGUUCUCCAGGAGGUGGAAGGGAAUGUUCUAAAAACUGCCUUGAACUCCCCAGAGCAAAAAAUCCAGAAAGUCCAAAAUAGUGCUGUAGCUGUUGAAACUCGAGUUGUUACAGACAAUUGCUCUGAGGGAGAAAAGAUCUUCAACUUGGGCACCCAGAUGAACUCAGUGAACAUCCAGUGCAAUGACGUCGUCCAGGGAAACAUACAAGGUCCCAGCGCAGUUGCCUUUAUUUCAUACUCUUCUCUUGGCAACAUCAUAAAUGCAACUUUUUUUGAAGAGAUGAAUGAGAAAGACAGAGUUUACCUGGUCUCCCAGGUAGUGAGCGCUGCCCUUGGACCCAAAAGGAACACAUCUCUAUCCAACCCUGUGACUCUGUGUUUUCAGCAUGUGAAGAUGAAGCCCGGUAGCCAAAAGCCCUUCUGCGUUUACUGGAAAACCACAGAGGAGGGCGGCCACUGGUCCAGGGAUGGCUGUUUCCUGAUACGCGCAAACAAAAGUCACACCGUAUGCAGCUCCACCCACCUGUCCAGUUUCGCCGUCCUCAUGGCCUUAACCCUCCAGGAGGAGGAUCCCGUGCUCACUGUGAUCACCUAUGCGGGGCUGAGCCUGUCUCUGCUGUGCCUCCUCCUGGCGGCCCUCACCUUCCUGCUGUGCAAAGCCAUCCAGAGCACCAGCACCUCCCUGCACCUGCAUCUCUCCCUCUGCCUCUUCCUGGCCCACCUGCUCUUCCUCACGGCCAUUGACCGAACCAAGCCCAAGGUGCUGUGCGCCAUCAUCGCGGGGGCCUUACACUAUCUCUACCUGGCCUCCUUCACCUGGAUGCUGCUGGAGGGUCUACACCUCUUCCUCACAGCACGCAACCUGACGGUGGUCAACUACUCCAGCAUGAGCAGCUUCAUGAAGUGGCUUGUGUUCCCUGUGGGCUACGGGCUCCCGGCUGUGAUCGUGGCCAUUUCUGCAGCGUCCAGGCCGCACCUUUAUGGAACACCUGAGCGCUGCUGGCUCAACCUGGACCAGGGGUUCAUCUGGGGUUUCCUCGGCCCUGUCUGUGCCAUUAUCUCUGUGAAUUUAGUAUUCUUUCUCUUGGUCCUUUGGAUUUUGAAAAAGAAACUUUCCUCCCUCAACACUGAAGUGUCAACCAUCCAGAAUAUAAGGAUGCUGACACUCAAAGCAACGGCUCAGCUCUUCAUCCUGGGUUGCACAUGGUGUCUGGGCAUCCUGCAAGUGGGCUCAGGUGCCCAGGUCAUGGCCUACCUCUUCACCAUUAUCAAUAGCUUUCAAGGCUUCUUCAUUUUCCUGGUCUACUGUCUCCUCAGCCAGCAGGCAUCCAAAGAACCAAACUAGGAAAGGAAAUACAGCUCCUCAGAAGGCGAGGGAGAGGAAGACCCCGACCUGACAGAAUAGACGCUUCCUAGAGAGCAAAGGAUGAGCAAAGGUUUGAAACAUCCAAAUGCUCUAUUUUGGAGUAUGGUGUAUAUUUUGGAUUAAAUGUAAAUUUUAGAUUAAGGCUCAAGAAUAGUUUAUGACUGGAAGGAUAUUAAAAAGAGUGAAAAAGCAAGUUUCAAAACAUUACUCUAAAAAGGCUCCAUUUUGUUGCAUAAUAUAUAUAAACAUGUAUGGUUUAUGUUAUAAUGUUGUGUAUGUAUUGGUGUGCAGGUGUGAGUGCCAUGGCAAAGCACGGUGGCUCUCAGGCAAUUUCGGCCCCCACCCCAGGGGACAGAUUUAGCAAGAGCUGGUGGGGAGAGGCCAGGGGUGCUGCUGAAGAUCCUACUGUGGGGCUCUCUUGUCCCCUCCUGGCCUGAGCCAGGAGCUCUGUCCUCUCACUUUCUCUCUAAAGUAAAGCUUCUCCCUGGCUCUCCUACCUUGGGUGUUUGCUAAGUUCUUUCUUCAACUCCUCAACAAGAAUGCCAGCAUCAUUUGUGGGGGCUUGUCCGGGAUAACUUCAGAGGACCUCCGAAGGCAAAUCCAAGCUGUGUCAGGCCCAGAAGUCCCAUGGACUACUACAAUAUGGAACUGGUCUUCUAAAUCCUUUUGAAGUCAUGAAACUGAAAAUGGUGAUGGAAAUGGAACCCCUAUAUUAGUGGCCAUCUUCUGAG